CGGGGGGAGGAGGUGCAGGGGUCUACUCAAAGAACUGAAAGUGCGUCAAAUGUCAUCAGGAUACCAACAGGACUACUGCAAUUUUCUUUAGUUUGUAACAAUUUACUACAGUUGAUUUGAGGAAAUGGCUUGCACAUGCAGUAUGGGAGCUUCCUAUUUUAGACCUGUUUGUAUUUGAAGCAUUUAGCAACUUCAGCUCGGUGGCAGUUACAUUACGACACAUGGGGAAACGCGCGUCUGUUAAAAAGAGCACAACAGGCUGACGUGGAAUACUAUGGCAGUUCACAGUCCAGUUAACGGGACCACAGCGAUCCCGUGGAGGAGCAGCAGGAAAAGACUGACCCUCCUGGAGCGUCUGAGGGGGUGUGAGGAGGCCUGGUGUCCCAAAGAACCAUGGAGCAAAGAGGAGGCACAAGCAGCUCUCAGCGGGGCACCAACUGGGAGUUUCCUGGUUUUGAGAAACACUUUGACACGUGAGCCCCACCUGCUCUGUGUCUCCUCUUCAGACCAGCAUGCACCAGUCACAGAGAGCAACAUCCUCUGCACAGGCAAAGUUUUUCACUUGUCUGGAUCACGUCUGUCUUUCUCUGACUUAACGCAGCUGGUGCUCUUCUACUCAUUCACCAGAGAUGUGCUGCCUGUAUGUCUGUGCCUGCCUCAGUGGAUCUACAAUGUAACUGAGAACAAGGACUAUCCGUCAGAGUUCCAUCCCAAUAUGUGGCUCAAUGCUUCCUCUGAGCCGUCAGAAGAACACAGCAACAAUAACACAUCUGUAAUGUGCACCAUACAGCUUACUUCCUCGAGUGGCGCUCUGUGCGUGAUCAACCCACUGUACCUCCAUGAGCACGGGGAUGAGUGGCUGACGCAGAAGACCACCAGAAUCCAGAGCACCGUCCCCACUAAGUACAAACGAGACAACCGCCGCCUCAGCACCACCAGGGCUUGGUCUGGGGCCGGACUACACAACAAAAGAGCCAUUUCUCUCGAACAAGAACCACCUGUACCUACUUAUGAAAAUACAGGUCUUACCCGAGCCCGAUCUGCUGAUUCCUCAAAGAACCCUGACCCUACUGCGCCAGCCGAGCCACCAACGCCCCCUUCUGGUGUAGUUCUCCGUCGCCCCAGCAGAGAUUCUCCCCUCACCUCCCCCAGCACCGCCAUUUCACGCCCCUUUUCUGCCCCUGUUUCAUCUGAGGACCACCACAACUCCCCAGCUCCCCAGUCUCCUCACAGAGUCUCCUGGGUCGAGGAUGGCAUUUGGCUGCCUCCUCCUAAAGUCCCCUCGCAUCUCAACCCGCCAUCUUUGGAACUAGACUCUCUGUCAAUCAGCAGUAUAGAGGAAGAGCAAGACCCCGCAACUCCAACAUCAACGCCACACAGCCCCUCCACGCAACGUUUGGCCAAUAAAGUGAAAAAUCGCUUCUCGGCAGUGGGGCAAGCUUUGGGAGGGCUGGUUUCUCAAAAGAAAAAAUUGAAUUAUAGAGUCCAAGAGAUCAGCGAGAGAAAAGGGGCAACUUUUGGCGAGAGUGUGAAACUUUUUGUGGAAGCCAUUUUGCAGAAAAGCCCAGAGAAAGAUGGACUGACCGAGUUCUUACAGGACGUGAGAGCAUCGCUGACGUCGCUACGGGAGAUGCUGCUGGACAACACAGAGAUACAGGUGCUUCUGGAUAGCAUGACGGACAUAAGUGAUGCAGAAUUUGACAUAUUUGUAGAACAGUCCAUUCACAAAGUGGCUCUCAAACCUCUGUCCUCUCACCUUUACGGCUGCAUCCAAACCUCCCGCUCCAGUGAUGGGACCCUGGACCGUCUCCUUAGCAACAAGCCCCGCCUCCAGUACAGCGGGAUGGAGCAGCUGGGGGGGUCGGCCGGGGUGGGUGUCCCGGAUUCUACCACUUUAGAGAGUAUCAGGCAGAAGUGGGACAUCAUGCACAAGGCCUAUUCCCCAAACAAGAAAGUCCAGAUCCUGCUUAAAGUCUGUAAGACCAUCUACCACAGCAUGAGCAUCAACUCCAACAACACGGGUGCAGUGUUUGGGGCAGAUGACUUCCUGCCCUGUCUGACCUGGGUGCUGCUCCAGUGUGACCUCAUCACGAUCCAGGUGGACACAGACUACAUGAUGGAGCUGCUGGACCCCACACAGCUGCAGGGAGAAGGCGGCUACUACCUGACCACCCUGUACGCCUCCCUGUACUACAUCACCAGCUACAAGCCCCUGCUCGCCGCUCGCCAGCUCAGCGUGGAGGCCCAACAGUCUCUGAACCACUGGCACAGAAGACGCACCCUCCACUGCGACCAAGCGAGGAGGAGCAAGCACAGGCAGACCAUACGCAGGCAGUCCCAUCGCAAGAGACAGGAGGACAAGGAUACUUCAACUGACUGCGAUGGUGGGACAGAGCCGAGGGGAGACGAAAGAGAGGACAACAAAAGUGAGGAUAAACAUAUGAACACGACUCAAACUCAAUCAACUUCAACUGACUGUGAUGGAGGGAUGGAGGUGAAGGAAAGAGAAGAGACAUUGACAAAAAUGAAAAAGGAGACAGUAAAUGGGGUAAGUGAUGGACAGGAAAAGGGCAACUUCGUGACUCCAGACCAGGACUCUCAAUCAAAUAUAUCACAAGUACAUACAAAAAGUGAUGAUCCCGCUAACAUACAGAGAUAAGAGGCUGACAUUGUACUUUCUUUAUUCUUUUUGGUAAUUUAUUAAGAUUUGGUUGUCUUCUAAAAUAUUUUCAUUCUUUUCACAAAUGUAAAAAGUAUGAAAGCUGUAUUUAAUAUUAAAACAUGAUAAAUUGCAAUUAAA